UGUGUGUGUGUGUGUAAGAGAGAAAGAGAGAGAGUAGAGAGACUACCGCUGGGAUAGCCUAUAAACCGGGAGGGGAAUGAGAGCGAGGGCGCCGAGACAAUUACAAAAGGCAAAGAUGUUAAAUGCCUUACCGAGGCGAGCGGAGCCGGCUCCGUCCAGCCCAGGGCCGGAGGUUCUAGACCUUGCCUCGGGGAUGCCCCUCACCGGGCGCCUUGAGGGAGCCCCCAGCCCCGAAGCUCUUCCAGCUGGCCCCCGGGCCCUUGUGAAGGUUGGUUUUCCCCUCUGCCCGCCACCCACCGGGGCAGGAGUCCCCCGGCCAGCGAGACCCGCCGCCUCGCCCACCCCGCCAGCCUCAGGGAGCGCUCACCGCCCCUCUGCCCCUGCCCCGGGACCUGCCAGCCCGGCCCGGCCCGCGGGGGAGGACGGGGACCGGGGGACACGGACUUCUCUUCCCUCCCUGCCCGCCAGCAGUGGGGAGAACUGUUGCUUAAACUCAGUUUGAACCCAAGGCACGCCGGCUGGCUUUUUCCAAGAAGAAGAAAAACGCGGGUAAUGUGU